AUGAAUUCAAUAUAAUCAUAUAAAGGUAAAUUAUAUAUCAAAUAAAGUUAUUUUAGUAGGGGAUAGCAAAGUUGGGAAGACAAGCUUCUUUAUUAGAAUAAUUAAAAAUGUUGCACCAAGACAACCUUAAUCUACAAUUGGAGUUGAGUAUGCUUCAAAGUAGAUUGUUUUGAAGGACUCAAUAAUUAAUCUGAAAAUUUGGGAUACAGGUAUAAUAUUUUUGAUUUAGCUGGAUCUGAGAAAUAUAAGUCCUUGACUUCAAAGUAUUAAUUACACUAUUUAGCCAUUUUCAUUAAUCAUAAGGAGCAUUAUUAUUUUAUGAUCUAACUGAUUUAUAUUCUUAUGAAAAUUUACAAUACUGGUUGAAAGGUAGAUCU